CCUCUUCUGUCACUUUAAAUUGAUAACCGGGCCCUUUAAACGAUAAACUCUACGUCUAUGCAAACAAUACACCUCCCCCAUUUUUAUCAAAACACGUGUCUGGAUAUCAAUCAAAGUAAACGAACAGGAUUUGAUACCCAUCUUUUAAUUCACUUGUUACUACUUCCAACAUUCAUUUAUAAUAUGUCACACUACAAUAGAAAUGCAAGUACUCAGAGGUCUACGGUGAUCGAUUAUGAGCGUCAAUUUCAAGAGGACCUAGAGCGUGCUCAGGCAUUGAGUUUAGAAAGCCUUGCUUUAGAAAAAUUUAAAUUACAAAAGCAACGUUCGGAAUUUAAUCAUGUACACCAAUCUUGUGUACCGCAAAGUGACAUACACACAGGGAAUAAUGUUAUGCAUAGCAAUUCAUCAGAGAGAGAUAAUACACCGCAAAGUGAAAAAUUUCAGAGUAGAAGCAGACCAAGGCCCGGUUCCUUUAAUACCAAUCAAUCGAAGAAUACUGUGAUAUUAGCACCACCACCACCAAUUCCAUCUCGAAGAAAUUCCACAACAGCUACAACGAGUCAAGAACAAUCAGGUGACUUGAUUAACUUUACAAGUCCAGUGAAGCAAGAUGAUCUAACUGAUUACUGUUCACCUCCACCUCCACCACCAAAACCAUUAUUAGAACCAAAAUGGGAAACACAUCCUUCGUUAUUAAAGAAACAAGGAAGAGUAUCACGUAGCAGUAGUAUCGCCGGUUAUCAUUCUCGAGACUUCCGAUACCAAUCACUCUCUCCUAAUCCUAGAUCUUCCACCGCACCUUGCACACCGGGAACUCCAAAAAUUAGUCCUAUCAUGUCAAGAUCCAGUAGUAUUAACAGUACUGUACCUGAUGUAACACCACAACUUGCAUGGAAUCUUAAUGAUUUUAAAACUUACUUUCUUGCACAGAUACCUCCAUUACCUAUGAAUUACAGACCAAGUAUUACUCCUUCUGUAUGUGGUGUACAAAAACCUAUGUUCUCUAAGGAUGAUGAGCAGCUAAGCGUGUUGAAAGUGGUAGAAAAGAAGCCAAAUAAUAAUCUUAUAGACUUGAGUUCUUUUGAUCAAGUAGAAGAUAAAACAAAUGUACGAGUUAGCGUUUUAGAAGCGUUUGAUCCGUUACUUGUUAAGACUGACGAUCCUAAUGAGAGUGCACGGGGGCCUAAAGACGAGAUACAAGUCAGUGGAUCGGUAUAUGACCCGUUCGAUCCAUUUGAUUAUAUGUAUAGCACAAAUGAAAGUGUUAAUUCAGAUCCGGUAUACGUUGCUGUGGAAAAAUCUGCUAAAUCUCCUGCUGUAUCACCGGCGGCACCGCCACCGCUACCUCCUAGGAAUUCAUCUGCUUGGAAUACCAUUGAAAGAAGAAGAACUUCGUUAGACAGAAGACAGAAACGACAAACACGUUUGUACGAGAACAUAACGGUCCGAAAAACUAGACCAUCCCUCCAUGAUUGUGAUUUAAAGGCUUUCCAUGAAAUGAUGAAAUCUGUCCGAAGUGAAUUUCCCUUUAACGAUCCUAGUACAAACAUCGGACAUAUAAUCAGUCCGAUGAUGGAGAACUUAUAUCCUGAUGGCACAAGUAUAAAAUUAGUCGUACAUCCACAGUUAGUGGAUUCUAAUGAAAAUACUCCGUCCAUAUCAUUCACCUGUGAUGUAAACUGUAGCGUUGAACAUGUUAUUCUCAAUGUCGCUUGUUCCUUAGAGGACGAGGAUACGGUGAACGUAGAAAAAUAUUGUUUGAGAGUAUGGGGAUUAGCAGAAUACUUUGCACCUAAUACAACUUUAGCUCAAUACGAAUACAUACAUCAAUGUAUCAAAUUAGAAAAAGACAUCGAGUUAGCUAUUCUAACUAAAGCACAAAUAAAGCGAUCUAUAGCGCGAACACUGCAGGAUGAUAAUCGUGAUCAGUGUCUCAAAUUAGAAGACAUUCUUCCAAAUGAACCAGUACAACCAAUAUCGUACGAUACGCUUCUUAUCUUGCUAGAGACAGUAGAGAAAGAAAUGGAACGCGUAGAGACUACUGCGAUACAAUUGGCAACUAGUAAUCAUGGUACUAGUCUUUUGCCCCAGCUGCAACCACGUGGCGUUGUUCAAGCGAUAAAAGCAGUCUGUGCAUUAAUGGGAAACAUAGAAAUGUUUGAAAUUACAGAGGCUGUUGACAAUUUUGUGAACGCGUGUUGUCAAUUUCUGCCCCAAGUUCAUACGACAAACAUCGAAUGCAAGAAACCAGAAAUCUUACACGAAGAUGGUGAUUAUUCUGUUGUUACUUUAAGAACAAAGUUUCCAGAUGUAAUUGCAUCCCAUUGUCAUAAAAUACGUGGGGCGAUUCAAGAUCUUGUAGAAACUUAUUGUCAUGCAUUUAGAGUUGAUUUUGAGUUAAGUAGCAAAGCAGAAUUUCCAACAGAUACGUUGAUAGCGUCUGAAGUAUUGGAUACCAUAUUAGUUCGCGUUGGAGCAGUUCAUAGAUUGCCAGGAUCAUGGAAACACGAUGAUUAUAUUAUAGCAGCCCAAAUAUUUCACGGUACAAGACCUGUUGGAAAUCCAGUUUUAUCCGAACCUAUGACAGUCAGUUCUAAUUUUUAUCCAAGAAUUUUGUUCAAUUCAUGGUUGGAAUUUCGUGGCAUAAGCGUCUGCCAGGUACCAAGAGAAGCGAGGCUAGUGUUAGUAUUGUACGGUCGUACUUUACAACCUACCGAGCAUGAAUCUAAUUCCUCGGCAGAAAAUACCAUGCAAAAGGAAGAAUUAGGUUGGGGAGCUAUACAGUUCUUUGAUUUCGAAGGAGUGAUGAGUCAAGGAAGUUUCUUUUUAUCUCUGUGGCCAGCAGUUGCUGAUAAGAGAUUAGGUCCUGCUCCUGCACCUGGAAUUCAUCCUCAAGGGGAUACGCAUGCUAUCAUCGGUUUAGAAUUACCCGAUUAUGGUGGCAAAGUGUUAUUCCCCACAGAAUUAAGGGAUUUUGAUGUUGAAUCGUUGGACUUUAAUUCCUUAGAUCAGAAUACACAAGAAUUAUUAAUAGACAUUACACAGCAAACUACCUUUACAAGACCACUUAUCGAGGAGAGGGAAAUUUUAUGGGAGAAACGUCAUUACUUACACGACAGACCCGAAGCUUUGCCCAAAGUGCUUUUAGCUGCGCACAGUUGGGACUGGGCUUGUUUACCUGAUCUUCAUGCAUCUCUCAGGGUUUGGAGUGCUUUGCCUCCUGUUCAAGCUUUACAAUUACUGUUACCUUGUUUUCCAGAUAUGAAGGUUAGAGAAGUAGCGGUUGGCUGGAUUCGAGAAUUGAGUAACGACGAAUUGGUAGAUUAUUUACCACAAUUGUUGCAAGCAUUGAAGCACGAAACAUAUGAAACAUCACCUCUAGCAAGAUUCUUGUUAGAACGAGCUUUACUUUCUCCACGUGUAGCUCAUCACGUUUAUUGGUUGUUGACACAAGCAUUACCAGGACAAAGUCCUCAGAAUUCUUCUGAAAUUGGCUCAGAAGAUGAUAGAAAUAUUAGUUCCACACGCUAUCACAAAAGACUACAAUUAAUGUUGCGGGCAUUACUAGCUGUUAUUGGCGAUGCACUAAGAAAUAGUUUUCUUACCCAACAAUUACUUGUCAAGAAUUUACACGAAGUAGCUGAAAAUAUAAAACAAUUGAAAGAUUCGUUAAGAAUGGAUGCGCUGAAAAUUAGCUUACAAAAUAUACAUUGUCAAUUAAUGGAAGAUGAUGGUACAUGUUUACCAUUGUCUCCCAGUAAACAAGUAUUCGGUAUAAAUGUACAAAGCUGUUCGUAUUUUCCAUCGUUCACUCUUCCCCUGAAAAUCAAUUUCAUUAGCUGUGACGAUGUAAUCUGUCCUGCAAUUUUUAAAGUUGGAGAUGAUUUACAACAAGAUAUGUUAACGCUUCAAAUAGUUCGCAUUAUGGAUAAACUUUGGCUGAAAGAGGGUCUUGAUCUUAAAAUGGUAACAUUUACUUGUGUGCCUACUGGGUACAAACGUGGGAUGAUAGAAAUGGUCACGGACGCGGAAACUUUGAGAAAAAUACAAGUCGAAUUCGGUCUGACUGGUUCUUUUAAAGACCGACCGAUUGCCGAAUGGCUGGCAAAGCAUAAUCCUUCUGAAUUAGAAUACGAAAGGGCUGUAGAAAACUUCACUGCAUCUUGCGCGGGCUACAGUGUUGCUACUUAUAUCUUAGGGAUUUGUGACAGGCAUAAUGACAAUAUUAUGUUAAAAACAUCUGGUCACCUGUUCCAUAUUGAUUUUGGUAAAUUCCUAGGUGACGCACAAAUGUUUGGAAACUUCAAGAGAGAUAGAACACCGUUUGUAUUAACUUCUGAUAUGGCGUACGUUAUAAAUGGUGGAGAUAAACCAUCAGCUAAAUUCCAUCAUUUUGUUGAUUUAUGUUGUCAAGCAUUUAACGUGGUACGGAAGCAUGGAAAUCUUAUUCUUCAUCUUUUUGGAUUGAUGACUUCGUCUGGUAUUCCUGGUGUAACGGUGGACGCGGUUAGUUAUGUACAAAAAGCUCUUCUUCCCGAACAAACGAAUCCCGAAGCUGCCGCGACAUUCGCUCGAAUGAUCGAAAGUUCGCUUAAAAGUUGGUUCACUCAAUUCAACUUUUUCUUACACAAUUUGGCACAGCUUCGAUUUUCGGGCGAUCACAGUGACGGGGCAUUGUUGUCGUUUAUUCCACGUACAUACACAAUGCAGCAAGAAGGUCAAUUAACAAGCGUUCAAGUACAUGGGUAUCAAAAACGAUAUGACCCUGAAAAAUAUUACAUGUAUAUAUUGCGUAUACAGCGAAAGGGUCACGCAGACCCCACUUAUUUAUUUAGAUCCUAUAAAGAAUUUUGCGAAUUUUAUCAGAAACUGUGCAUUCACUUUCCUCUUGCUAAACUCGCCAGUUUACCAAGUGGUAUAAGUGUUGGAAGAUCUAAUAUAAAACAAGUUGCUGAUAAACGCAGAGCAGAUAUAGAAAAAUUCCUUGUAAGCUUAUUUAAAAUGGCACCAGAGAUUUCCCAAAGUGAUCUGGUUUACACAUUCUUUCAUCCUCUAUUGAGGGAUCAGCAAAAUGCUGAUAUUCAUUUACGCAAAGUAAAAGUUGGCAAUUGGUGGGCCGAGAAAAGAGUCAGGGACAACGUUCAAAAUGGACAAAUUAAAAUGUCUCUUCAUUAUACUCGUGGAGCUUUUUAUGUGAUGAUUUAUCAUGCAAGAGGAUUGCCAAAAGUGGCUAAUGGUCAAGAACCGAAUACAUACGUAAAAGUUUAUCUUAAACCAGAUCCUACAAAGAAAACAAAACGAAAAACAAAAGUUGUGAAGAAAAAUUGUCAUCCUUCGUUUAUGGAAAUGCUAGAGUAUAGAAUGUCUUUGGAUGUUAUUAAAGAAAGAACUCUAGAAGCUACAAUAUGGAACCAUGAUACAUUGCAAGAAAAUGAGUUUCUUGGUGGACUAUGUUUACCACUUGAACGUUUUGACCUGACAAAUGAAACAAUUGAAUGGUUUUCAUUAGGAAGUGUUCGAUGAAACGAUAUUCAUAAUUUCUUAAUGAAUUUAUUAAUACUCAUGGCUAUUGAUUCUGGAAGGAAUUGAAAAUAUUCAAUGUUAUCGCACAAUACUAAUGAUAAUAUUUUUAUGUUAUGCACAUAAUAGUGCAACAGGGAUAAUAAUAGUAAUAUCACUACGAUCGGUAUUGACGAUACAUGCUUUUAUGCAUAAUGAAAACGCUUCUUAACCCAAGGUAAUCAGUGAUCUAAAAACUUAUAAAACGAUAUUAAAUUAAUGAGAUCAUAGAUGAAGAGGCAUAUUUCAUAAAAUUAUUCUACCUUUGUAAGAAUUGCCAAGAUACGAAAAAUCAAGUUCUUAUUUUACUUAAUCUUUACAUAUCUAAUCAUGAAAUUGCUUAUAAAUUUUAUUUAAGUUAUAUUUUAUAAACAUAUACUGCCAGCUGAAUAUGAAAUAUUUUGAGUUCACAGUAUUCUAAUGCUGUUAGUGAAAUUUUAUAAAAAUAUUUAUUCUAUUCUUAUCAAAACUUAAUCUUUAUUAACUGUAAAUAAAUUAAAAUCUUGCUGAGCUAUGCAGUUGUAGACGAUCGAAUGCUAUAUUUGCUGAAUAGUUAUGAGUUUGACAAUAUGUAAACUUUUAUACUUACAUAUAGUAAUAUCUACUUGGAUACAAGUUACUUGCCUACAAUAAGGAAUACGUUAGGUAACGAAAAAAACAUUUUUUACUUUCAUAAGAAAAUUUUAAUCUCUACAGGGUGUCCCAAAAAACCGCCUUGUAUAUUAAAGUAACCAAAAUGCCUUUCCAUACAGAGCAAUAGGAUUUAUAUGAAAGGAAAUUUUGUGAAUUAAUGUGUAUUAUAAAUUUUUUUUUAUUUUUAGAUGAAAAAAGGGAGAAUGAAAUUAUGUAAAUAUGCUUUUGAUUUUAUAAGUAAUUUUCGUAAUCAUGUAUUGUGAAUAUUUUAGUAUAAUUCUCUUUAGCAAAUAUUACUAUAACAAAAGUAAAGGUUCUGUUAAUACAUUACCGACGGGUGAUUCGUUAGAUUUUUACUGUAUGCAAUUUUUUACUUAUUGACAUAUUAGUUUGUCACUAAACUAAUAACAAUAUAAUUAAUCUAGUCUCCUGUUGUUAGUGUAUUAAUGUAAUUAAUUAUGAUCUUGAUUUUUGUUAUAGAUUUAACUGAAUAAUUUAGCAGUAUACGUUGUACUUUUUUUUCGCAAUCGUGUAGAAUCUGAUCUAAUUAUAAUUAGAAAAAAAUAUUAAUUUUAUAAUAUAUACAUAUGUAUUUAUCAAUUACAAAUUGCUUUUGCAUGUGCUUUCUAUAAACUUUACGUUGUGAGAUAUAAUGUUAAGAAUUUUAAUAAUUUAUUUAUACAUUAUCUGUAAUUAUUCACUAGUGGUUCUUUUAAUCCAAUGAUUUAGAAAUAUAAAUAACAAAUGACACAAAUUGUAUCAUUGCAUUUUAACUGCAUCCUUUUCUCUCUCUGUGUUACUACUGUACACCACUGUAUGUACAAUAUUGUACAAAAAGCGUUUAAUUUUGGUAAUACCUUAUUUAUUUUUCAAUUAUUUAGCGUGACAAUGAAAUAUUGUAACGGUGAAAUAGUAAAAUUAUCAAUACAAUUGAUCAAUAA